UUUAUGCAAAAAAAAAUUUAGUAUAAACAUCAUAAUUAUUCACUUUCCUUGGGCUAAAAACGGCAGAGAAUUGGGAAUCCUUCGUCUUUUUCCUUCGGCAACAAAGAGCAUAGAGAGCGACGCCGUUUUCAGUUAAAACCCAAACCCUUGCCAAUCCAUUACAGUCGACAUCAUCGUCCACACUUCCCAUUCCGAUAAAGACCUCCGGCGAGGCCGAUUCAUUGAAAAAGAAGAAAAACUAAAGAAACUUCUUGUCGCUGUUUUCAUAUCUUCCAGUCAUUGAAGUUAGCUUUUACGGCGACGACAGGAUCGUUAAAAUCUUUAAGCCUCCUCAAACGCCGAGCCACUGAAGCUUUCGCUUGGUUUGCGUCUUCUUGGAAAGUAAAGUUUCUGAAAAAUAUUUCUACGCAGGGCUUAUCACUCUCUCUCAUAACGAAUGGCGAAGGACAUGAUACCACGCCCUUGGUUUCUCGAUUUGGUACCUCUCUUGGUGGUUCUUCUAAUAGCUGCUCAUGUCCUUGCUUUGGUUUAUUGGAUUUACAGGUUAGCUACUGAUAGACAGCCACAAAGAAGAAAGGCACACUGAGGAUAAGAAAAAAAUUCCUCAACUCACUUCCUAUGCCUCCAUUGGAAAACACAGCUGGGGAAAUCUAAUAAUAGUUCAUCUUCUGCACCAGCAAUAAUUCAAUCCUCACCCUGAAUCUUGUACGUUCUAAGUUCUGUUAAGUUUUAGUUUCCACUUAUCUCUCUCUGCUCAGAUGUUUAUCUAUGGAGCAACGUUCAGGUUAUUAUCAUCAUGAAUUUCUGAGCAAUGUGCGUGCAUCAAGCUCUCGUAAUAGCCUCUUUAUGCAUGUAAUCUGCAGAAAGCGUAUAGAGGGAGAACAAGAAAUGGAGAAAGGAAGAAGAUAGAGAAUUGAGGCGUGAGGAAGUGUUUUUUCAAUACACAAUAAAACAAAAUAGCUCGUUGGAGUUAUUUUAGGGAUUCACUUGCUGAAUUGUGUUUGUACAUGUACUUUUGUUGGGAAUGCCAUUAGGCUUUUCAUGAAAAGUAUAAUGGUCUGGGUUGUUCCGAUUUACCUGAGGGGUUUGAAUUAGCCCCCCUCCCAAUCAUAGUUAGCCAGAGAUUAAAGAAAAUAUGAGAAAUUUGGUGAAGGAAUUGAAAGUGAGUGUUUUAUUAUUA